CUCAUGCAGACCGAGAUGCGCGUGAUGGCGCGCACGUUCCGAGAGCAGCUGUGCCUCCUGGUGCUGUGUCUGUCCGUCCUCAAGGGAGACUCCAGGCGCAUCGAGAACAACGAGAUCUCCAAAGAUGAAUUGUUUUCAUUUUUCAACUCGGAACUUAGGAGGGAGACACCUGAGGAAUUAAUGUACCGCAGACCUUUACGUUGCCUGGACAUGGUCGCCGUGGAGGGUCAGUUCACCUUCACGGCGGAGCGUCCUCAGCUCAGCUGCGCCGCUUUCUUCAUGGCGGAGCCCAACGAGGUGAUCAGCGUGGAGUACGAGCACGUGGACGUGGACUGCAGCGGAGGAGACUUCAUCACGGUGUUCGACGGCUGGGUGAUGAAGGGAGAGAAGUUCCCCAGCUCCCAGGACCACCCGCUGCCUCUGCACGAGCGCUACGUGGACUACUGCGACGCGGGCUCGCUGAGGGGCAGCGUGCGCUCCUCUCAGAACGUGGCCAUGGUCUUCUUCCGCAUCCACAACGCCGGCAGCAGCUUCGCCCUGACGGUCAGGAAGCACGUCAACCCUUUCCCCUGCAAUGUGAUCUCCCAGUCACCAGAGGGCAGUUACACGAUGGUGAUCCCGCAGCAGCACAGGAACUGCAGCUUCUCCAUCAUUUACCCGGUGGAGAUCGACGUCUCCGAGUUCAGCCUGGGUCACUACAACAAAUUCCCCAAGAGGUCCAUGCCCGGCUGCGCAGAAUCCGGUGAUUUUGUGCAGCUGCUGGGAGGAAGCGGCAUCGACACGUCGAAGCUGCUGCCGAUCACGGACCUCUGCAUCUCCUUCACCGGACCCACCCACAUGAAGAUCGGCUGCGAUAACACGGUGGUGAGGAUGGUGUCCAGCGGGAAGUUCGUUAGCCGGGUGUCUUUCAGCUACAAGCUGCUGGACAGCCAGGAGCUGCAGACCAUCAAGCUCAACAACGUGGAGGAUUUCUGUUUCAAUAACUGA